CAAACGAAAGAGAGGGAGUUCCAUGGAAAGGGAGCAGGUUUGAAGCUGCGCCCGGUCUCCUCGCAUUGGCUUAUCGAUUGUGUCUGUCGUCUCGGUAACCGGAGAUCCGACCCUGACUGACAAUUUAUCCGUGCGUAGGCAAAUUGGGAUGCAGGUUGGAUUCAACUCACAAAAGGGGUGUAAUGGGGGUGUAAUGUUACAAUGUGUGCGGUGUGCAGAAGAGAAAAGAGUGUACCAACCUGUGAAUAACGGGUGGGGAAACAGAUAUUCUAUCACUUCCCCUGAAUUAAAAAAAUCUCACUUCAUUCUAUCGUAAUUGCAAGGUUCAAAGCACUGGUUGACUUUUAAAAAAAACAACAUUUUUUUAGCCAACUGCACAACAAACAGUUGUCUGUGUGUGUGCAUUCAUUGAGCGUAGAGGGAUCGCAGCACUCCACAGCUAAAGAGAUAGAAUAUUGUAACAUGUCUGCUUGGCGCAUAGGACAAAUUUUACCAUCCAGAAGCGUGAGCGUUUUGAAAGGUGGAAAUGUAUGGUUUUUCCGCGGCGGGGCGCAAGACCCCGCGGGGUACCUCGUCUCUGGGGUCCGCUCAAUGCUGAUUCCCUCUCAGCUGUCACCUUCCCUCCCCCAGAGUAUAGCACUUUCAGGAGUCAGCGAACGGCGGCGUGGACUUGCCCAAGAGAAAAUGACCGAGAAUGGAGUGUUCUCCCGGGACAAGGUGUUGACCAUCGACACCAUGAACCCCACGGUGAAGAACGUCGAGUAUGCGGUGCGCGGACCCAUUGUACAGCGCGCCAUGCAGAUCGAGAAAGAGCUGAGAGAGGGAGUGAAGAAGCCGUUCACUGAGGUCAUCAAGGCCAACAUCGGUGACGCCCAUGCCAUGGGCCAGCAGCCAAUCACCUUCUUCCGACAGGUCUUGGCACUCUGCUCCUAUCCGGAACUAUUGAAUGAAAACAUGUUUCCAGAGGAUGCCAAAAACAGAGCACAACGCAUUCUGCAGGCUUGUGGAGGUGGUAGUGUGGGUGCAUACAGUGCCAGCCAGGGAAUAGACUGUGUGCGGCAGGACGUGGCUCGCUACAUCGAGCGUCGGGACGGGGGUGUACCCUGUGACCCAGACAAUGUCUACCUCACCACCGGCGCCAGCGACGGCAUCGUAACCAUGCUGAAACUAUUGGUGUGUGGUGAGGGUGCAUCGAGGACAGGGGUGAUGAUCUCCAUCCCUCAGUACCCUCUGUACUCGGCUGCCCUGGCUGAGCUGGGCGCUGUACAGGUCAACUACUACCUGAACGAGGAGAAGUGCUGGAGCAUGGACCUUAGUGAGCUAGAGAGCUCCCUAGCGGAGGCCAGGAAGCACUGCAACCCCAAAGCCCUCUGCAUCAUCAACCCUGGUAACCCCACUGGUCAGGUCCAGAGCAGACAGUGUAUUGAGGACGUGAUCCGAUUCGCUGCUAAAGAGCGACUCUUCCUGAUGGCUGAUGAGGUGUACCAGGAUAAUGUGUAUGCGGAGGGUUGCCAGUUCCAUUCCUUUAAGAAGGUGCUUUUUGAGUUGGGACCAGAGUACUCUGACAAUGUAGAACUGGCGUCCUUCCACUCCACCUCCAAGUGCUACAUGGGAGAGUGUGGUUUCCGUGGGGGUUACAUGGAGGUGAUUAAUAUGGACGCGGAGGUGCAGGCCCAGCUCUCUAAGCUGGUGUCGGUCAGACUGUGUCCCCCCAUCCCUGGUCAGGCUCUGAUGGACCUGGUGGUCAACUCUCCCCAGCCUGGAGAACCUUCCCACAUCACCUUCAUGAAGGAGCGCACAGCCACCCUCAGUCUCCUGGCAGAGAAGGCUAAACUGACAGAGCAGAUUCUGAACACAGUACCUGGGAUCACCUGUAACCCUGUUCAGGGAGCCAUGUACUCAUUCCCUAACAUCAGCCUGCCAGAGAAAUCCAUCAAAGAAGCUAAGGCGCUUGGCCAGGCUCCAGACAUGUUCUACUGUAUGAAGCUGUUGGAGGAGACUGGCAUCUGUCUGGUCCCAGGAAGUGGCUUCGGACAGAAGGACGGCACCUACCACUUCAGGAUGACCAUUCUGCCACCCACAGAAAAGCUGAAGAUCUUACUGGCUAAAGUAAAAGAGUUCCACCAGAAAUUCACUCAGCAGUACUCUUAACUAUCUUCCUUAACUUCCUAACUUUCACCCAAUCAGAAGAGAAUAGCACACUGAACACUAUGCGCAGUCUACCAGCCAACCUCACAGAAUUUCUGUCACUAAGUGCCUACUGUGUUAGUGACUCUGUCGCCAGUCACCUUGAUCAUGCACUUUAGCCCCUUAGCCUACAAGAUUCCAAUAAAUGGUGGACUCCGACUGUACAUGUAAAACUGUAGUGAUUAUGAACACCCGGGAUAUUGGGAGAUGUAGUUUUUAGAAAUCAGAACAAGAGCUGUAGUUUUUUGGGACAUAUCAAAUUCAGUUCAAUCUGGCAUACCUGAUCAAAUGUAUAUUAAUUGUCAUCUCAGUUGUGUUUUGUGUGUGUGCGUGCGUGUGUGUGGGAAAGAGGUUAUGUGUCCUUGAUUACAAGUCAAGGCCAGUAUGAUGGUACAGUAGUGCUGUAUGAAAUGAAGAAACUGAAAGCACUAGUACAUUAUUUCCAAACUCUGUAGAAAUGAUUUUGUCAGUAUUGUAGACAAAGGCACAGGGAAGUAUUGUAUAUUCUAGAAGCUUUCACAAUGAUUUUAAAUUGAAAGAUGAUUUUAUUAUAUUGAAAAUCUCCAUCAUAUAGUCUUUUAUAAUCAUAGUUUCAGUUUGGCCCUUUUUUGUGUGUACAUUUUCACCAUUGUACAUUCUAUAUAGCAAACUAAUGGAAAAACCUGGACAAAGAAAAGACAGCAGGGAGAAGAAUUUUGAAUAGCAGGAGUAUGAAAUUCAAGGUUAGUGCGAUUCUUUUUUUUAAAUGCAGUCAGGGAUUUUCUGAAUUAUGAAGACAACAGCCGUGCAUGACAAUUAUCAUGGGAGUGAGUGAGGAGGUUCCUGAACAAACACACACACACUCCCUUCGGAGAGGCUGUAAGUCCACCUGUCUGUCCCCUGCAGAGUCUGUCAGAUCUAGAGGAUAAAAGCACAUCAUGUUCCACAACUACCUACAUUACAUGGUACAUAACAACCACCGUACAAUACACCAGCCAGCACCACCUUACAACCAUACAUCCAACCCCUCCUCUCCAGCCGUACAGACAGCCCUCCUGAGCCCCCAUACCUAUACCUUUUAGUCUGUAAAGAUUUUUCUCUCUACAGGGGCUGCCAGCCUUCAUUAUCCAUGACAAAGCACAGCCCCUUUCUUAAUUAACCACCUUUUAGUAUUUCUAUAUCCCUUACAAUCCCCCCUCACAGCCCUUACAAUCUCCCCUCACAGCCCUUACAUCUCCUCACAGCCCUUACAAUCUUUCCUCACAGCCCUUAUAUCUCCUCUCACAGCCCUUAAAAUCUCCCAUCACAGCCCUUACAUCUCCUCUCACAGCCCUUACAAUCUUCCCUCAGCCCUCACAUGUGCCCUUAUAAUCUCCCCUCCCAGCCCUUACAAUCUCAACUCACAGCCCUUACAUCUCCUCUCACAGCCCUUACAAUCUCCCCUCAAAGCCCUUAUAAUCUCCCCUCACAAUCUCCCCUCACAGCCCUUACAUCCCACCUCACAGCCCUUACAUCUCCUGUCACAGCCCUUACAAUCUUCCCUCACAGCCCUUACAUCUCCUCUCACAGCCCUUGCAAUCUUCCAUCAGCCCUUACAAUCGCCCCUCACAGCCCUUACAAUCUCACCUCACAGCCCUUACAUCUCCUCUCACAGCCCUAACAUCUCCCCUCACAGCCCUUACAAUCUCCCCUUACAUCUCCUCUCACAGCCCUUACAAUGUCCCCUCACAGCCCUUACAAUCUCACCUCACAGCCCUUACAAUCUCACCUCACAGCCCUUAUAAUCUCCCCUCACAAUCUCCCCUCACAGCCCUUACAUCCCACCUCACAGCCCUUACAUCUCCUGUCACAGCCCUUACAAUCUUCCCUCACAGCCCUUACAUCUCCUCUCACAGCCCUUGCAAUCUUCCAUCAGCCCUUACAUCUGCCCUUACAAUCUCCCCUUACAGCCCUUACAAUCUCACCUCACAGCCCUUACAUCUCCUCUCACAGCCCUAACAUCUCCCCUCACAGCCCUUACAAUAUCCCCUUACAUCUCCUCUCACAGCCCUUACAAUGUCCCCUCACAGCCCUUACAAUCUCACCUCACAGCCCUUACAAUCUCACCUCACAGCCCUUACAUCUCCCCUCACAGCCCCUACAAUCUCCCCUCACAGUCCUUACAAUCUCCCCUCACAGCCCUUACAUCUCCCCUCACGAUCUCCCCUCACAGCCCUUACAUCCCACCGCACAGCCCUUACAUCUCCUCUCACAGCCCUUACAUCUCCCCUCACAGCCCUUACAAUCUCCCCUCACAGCCCUUACAAUCUCCCCUCACAGCCCUUACAAUCUCCCCUCACAGCCCCUCACAGUUCUCACUGAUUUAAUUGGGUGCGCUUGUUUUACACAGUCACCGUUCUACAUCUUCGUUCCCUGAGAGACAGCAAAAAUGUUCUCUUUGUCAUGAUAGUGGUAACUCCUCUUUCGGAUAAUAAUUCAGAUAUGAAUGAUAUUCAAGUGGGUGAAUAAGUGAUUGAAACAAUCAAGCCAACAAGAUUGAAACAAAUCAUUUGAGAGAGUGAGACUGAGGGGGACCAUCUGUCCAGAAAGCCUUUUCUCCGUGUCCAGCAGAUGUCCUGAUAUUGGAUGGUAUUUAGCUACAUGGUAUUAACUCACAAGUGGAGAAAUGGGGUGUCAACAACAUACUAGUACUAUUGUUCAAAUAUGACAAAUUCAGAUAAGGAUUGAUUCCCAGUGGAUAUUCUGACCCUUAUAUCUGACCAUAACCUACUUUGCCAUACUAUCUACAUGUAUAAUUUUGAAUAUUAACAUGUAAUAACCAUGUAAUAAUGUUAAUUUACAGAUGAACUUCAAAACAUUUUCACAACCACUACCAAACUAUUUUAUAUAGCAAUACAAAAUUACAGAAAUCUCUAUAUUGCAGGCUCAUGAACACAAGAAAACACAAGCUUAACUAGCAAUUGUCUCAUGAUGACACUGUAUCGGUUUCUCUGCCUCUACUACUACAGACCUGGCCCAAUCUAUGAUUUCCUCUCCUUUCACUGCAUGUUGUCAUUUUAGUGCAAUUAAAGUGCUGCUAAGAUAUGUGCUUCCUGUUGCAUUGUGGGAACUCAGAUCAACUGUUGGACCGAACACUCAUCUUCAAUCAGGGACUCCAUUGUUUUCGUACAUGCUUAUUCAAGGUCAUGUGCGACAGAUGAUAGUGUAGUUUGCUAAGCGUGACUACUGUCAGAGCUGGGACCAAACCAAAUGCAGACACCACUCAUGUUGCAAUCAGAGAGGGUGUGGUGGAGCGAUUACUGAACUGAACUGAAGUUUAAUGACUUGAAGAGUGAAUGAGAGGGGAAAGCAAUUAACUUCUGAUUGUGAUUUGUGUUUUUCCUGUAAUUGUUGUGUACUGUAUGUAUUCUCUCUCUCUCUCUCUCUCUCUCUCUCUCUCUCUCUCUCUCUCUCUCUCUCUCUCUCUC